GAGUUUAGAGAGGGGGACCGUUGGGGCGGACGGUACUCGGAGGAGGGGGUGCCGCCGCCGCCGCCGCCGCCGCUCGUCCGUCAGCUCCAACAGUUUGCUAUCACCCCGCUUACCUGUGUGGGCCUGAUGUAAAGCGGGUUGUCGACUCCUCUGCCAUGAAGGAAAUCCACUGCAUCGUCAUGACGAUGGACCGAAGGUAACCCAGAGUAAUUCACGCCGACAGUCCGGCUGAUGACCAGCUACUUGUUCCUGAAUCAAAGAUGCAUGCUCAUCCCUCUGACCGCCACUGAGCCGAUCCAACCCUCCAGCAGACCCCAUCUCCACUCCCACUGAACUCCACUGUACUCUAGUCUUCUCUACUUCAGGCGUUAUCCUCUCUGAGCCUCUGGUGAUCGGACAAUUCCUCCCUGCUAUUCAUGCGGGGUCGCCAGGGCCACAUGCAGCAGGGCCCCAGUUCAGGCCCUGGAACUGGAAGAGAGGCAGGGGGGUCACAAGGCGCAGGGUUGAAAAGGGCCUCAUCCCAGUCAGAGCACCCCUCCUUCAGUAAGAUGAGCCAAAACACCAGGGAGAGCAUGGGGGUUCUUGGCCAGGGACUGAAACAGCUGUUCCAGCAUCAGCGCAAACGCCUCUCCCUCUCUCGCUCCACCAUCCCCUCCUCCUCGUCCUCCUCGUCUUCCUCUGUAGUGUCGGCAGGUGGCGCCUCCCCCUCCGCCCCGGAGGAUGCCUCGGGGCCCCGCUGUCCUGAAUCUGACCCCCUCUCUGCUCCUGUGGUUCCCCCUGCAGCUGGCCGGGUCUCGGGCACCGCGGGCACGAUGAGGCGUGGGACCAGCCUGCAGAGCCGGCACAGCAAAGGAUCCGGGUCGGGAUCUGGGAGCGGAGACCGCGACCCUCUCCUGAGAGGUAGCCCCCAGGUCCCGCACCGCCGCCACACCCACGAUCCGCAGCAGCACACCAGCCGUUCGCGCUCCUCGUCCAUCACCGACGCCACACCCAGCAGCCCCACGCCCGGGCACACCGGCGGCGAUGUGGUGCUGUCAUCGGGGUACCAGUCUACGGAGGAGACGGACAGGGGAAUGUGUGAAGCUGUAGGGCAGAAAGAGCCCUCGAGUUACAGCCUCGCUGUCGCGUCGUCGGCACAGGAAACACGAGCUGACGUCACAGGAAUGCGAGGCCUCACCACCAGCAAGAUCGACCGGCUGGAAGUGAGCGGCCUCGGCCAAACAACCCUGGCUGUGUCGUGCGGGGCCGACGGUUCGUUCCCGGGGGCCGAGGACAGCACCCCCGACCCUCAGCGCACAAAGCAGGCGAUCGCCCAGCUGCAGCAGAAGAUCCUCAAGCUCACCGAGCAGAUCAAGAUCGAGCAGACGGCCAGAGACGACAACGUCGCAGAGUACCUGAAGCUCGCCAACAAUGCCGACAAACAGCAAAGCACGCGCAUCAAACAGGUUUUUGAGAAAAAGAACCAGAAGUCGGCGCAGAGCAUCCAGCAGCUGCAGAGGAAGCUGGAGCACUACCACCGGAAGCUGCUGGAAGUGGAGCACAACGGCAUCCCGCGCCAGCCCAAGGAUGUCCUGCGGGACAUGCAGCAGGGCCUGAAGGACGUCGGCGCCAAGGUCACGGGCUUCAGCGAGGGCGUCGUGGACAGCGUGAAGGGAGGCCUCUCCAGCUUCUCCCAGGCCACCCACUCCGCCGCCGGGGCCGUCGUCUCCAAACCGCGGGAGAUCGCGUCGCUGAUCCGCCACAAAUUCGGCAGCGCCGACAACAUCCCCUCGCUCAAGGACUCUCUGGACGACCCCUCGGUGGAGGAGGGGGGCGUGGCGGGGGCCGGCGGACGCUCGCUGGGCGGCGCCGGGCACCACCUCCAGCCGAGUCCCAGGUACGGCAGCGAGGACGACUGCUCGAGCGCCACGUCGGGCUCGGCGGGGGCCAACAGCACCACGGGGGCCCCCGGGGGUCCGCCGAGCUCAAAGGGCAACACGCUGGAGAGGAGCCAGAGCUCCAGCCUGGACAUGCUGCUGCAGGAGGUGCAGGAGCUGAGGGAGGGCCAGGCGAGGCUGGAGGAGAACCUCGACAGUUUGAAGAGCCACUACCAGAGCGACUACACGGUCGUUAUGCAAGCGCUGCAGGAGGAACGCUUCAGGUGUGAACGCCUGGAGGAGCAGCUGAACGACUUGACAGAACUUCACCAGAACGAGAUCCUCAACCUGAAACAGGAGCUGGCCAGCAUGGAGGAGAAGAUCGCCUACCAGUCCUACGAGAGAGCCCGAGACAUACAGGAGGCGCUGGAGGCGUGUCAGACCCGGAUCUCCAAGAUGGAGCUCCAGCAGCAGCAGCAGCAGGUCGUCCAGUUGGAGGGUCUGGAGAACGCCACGGCCCGGACCCUCCUGGGAAAACUCAUCAACGUGCUGCUGGCCCUCAUGGCCGUCCUCCUGGUCUUCGUGUCCACCGUGGCCAACUGCGUGGUCCCGCUGAUGAAGACGCGCUCGCGCACCCUCUCCACCCUCCUCCUCAUCCUCCUGCUGGCCUUCCUGUGGAGGAACUGGGACGCCCUGUCGGGGUUCACGCACCGCGCCCUGCGGCCCCCGGGGUGAAACGGGGGCGUGUCGGCGACCCCCCCACCCCCCCACACACACACACACACCCCAGGUGAUGUAACUUUAUCUGCGAGAUCGCGCAGAAAGUUUUGAAGAGCGCGGCGACGACCCGCCGCCACUUCAGUUGCGUUCCCGAGCGCAUUCGGACGCGGCAUCGAGGAAAGAAGCGUCCGGAGCGGAGCUGAGGACGCUCGGGACUGUUUACAUUUCUGGAAAAAUGAACUAUUCGUGUCGCUGCCCCUCAGGAUGCAGCGUCGUACUUGUUUUUUCGUCCUCACGAGUUUUAAUCACUUGGUAAAUGUAAUUAUUUCUAAUAAUAUUAUUUUUUUUUAAUCGCGUUAUUUUUUUUAUUCAGUACCCAUGUAGCAGUGGGGGUGGGGGGGGACCGAGGCCGGCGAUUUGCUCCAAAGGCCCCCCGCGGUCCACCGAAUGUGAUGAUGUGACGAUUUUUGCCUUUUUUUUUUUUUUUUAGGAAGAGAACUCUCGCCCGGCUGUGAUUUGGUGGAUUUUUAAAAAAAAACAUUUUUUUAACCUUCCUGGGGAGCUGCUCCUUUUCUUUGCUGUGAUGAAAAUGUGUUCAUACAGAACAUUUGUGAAGGACCGGCCGUGACCUUCCAGAGUCACGGGAGGAACCGGACACCUUUUUGUGCUUCCUCACCAUUUCUAACGCUUUUGACUGAUUUCCUCUUUUUUUUUUUUCUUUUUUUUUUAUUAAAAAGAGAAAAGGGAGAUUAUAACUGAAACACAAGAGACGGGAACAGGCUGCUCGCCAUUGAAACGACACACAAACACACAGAGAACAUCCCGGUUGUUGUUACGCGUCUGCCAUAUUUAACAACAUGUGUGUGUGUGUAUAUAUAUAUAUAUAUAUAUAUAUAUAUAUAAUGACACACAAGCCCAUCGUCUGAGUGAAAUCAAUUUGAUGACGUCAGGUCAGGGAGGAGAGACCACCGGUGCUCAUCCAGCUCCAUCUGGAUCACGAUCCACAGCGCGACUCGUCUCCUCCUACAACUCGUGUUGUCCUCUUCAUCCCCCGCGUGUCGUCUUCUCCGACCGCCUUUUCCUUCCUUUUUCUUUUUGUUCUUACGAGUGCACCGCCCCUCGCGGCGGUAACCACCCAGUGCCAAAAGCUCCGUCUACCCCGGGGGGGGGGGACGCCCGGAGGGUCCAAGCUGAGCGGAGGUGUUGCUUCCAUUCAGACGUUUCAUGACUGUCUCGCCUGGACGUCCAGGAUGUAUCUCAUCCAUUAGACUCUGAACACAAACUUGAAUCCAGAUCUUGUACAGUCCCUCAGCUCCAUUGUUUUAAUUUAUUUCUCUCUCUCCGUCUCUCGUUAAGUCGAGGGCACAACAACACUUUAAAACAGUUCAUUGUACAUUUCAUGCCGAGGAGCGGAUUCCACUAACAGGUGGCGAGAUGAAUUUCUUCUGAGCCGUACAGCUGCACUUUAGCGCGCGGAUAGAUAACGUGCACGUCGGGCGGCGGCUCGAGGGAGCUCUUUCAUGGAGGCUUUCAAAGGUCGUCGCUCUGAAGACGGAAAGACGGAGGACUGUCAUCUCCGUCUAAGGAUGAAACCCACAGGGAGGAACUCGCCCCAUUUCUUGAUUUUCAUUGAUUCCGUUUCCACCUCGCGGAGACGCGUUGAGAGGGGGCUGACCUUUGACCUUGCAGUAACAUCUAAUGAUGUCGGGGG